ACCACGCUUCCAUUGGUUUGACAUAAGUGAGUUGCUGCAGUUAAGUUCUCUCUCGCAUUUGAUACUUUUAGUCCAUUCGACAGUUGAUUGUAGCGAGUGCCUAUUGAAACAUAUCAGUAGGCAUUUGACCCUCGCUAUGUGUGUGGGAGUCCCGAGUAUGAGGAUCACUAUAAUAGCGUCAAAGGGGACACUCAAGAAUGGUUCCGAGGAAUGCUAACCACCAAUCACUGAAAUGGUCCAUUAGCUCUAGAGCAUAGCAUUCUUUGCUACGACGAUCCUCUCUUCGUACAUUAAUCUCCAAUCUCGCAUCGCUACUCAGGCCAAUGUGUAUCUCCUUGUCGACCGUUAUACUCGUCGGAACUCAAACUUCAACUUCAAGUACACUAGGUUCACGACACCUCAGGUUGCCAUGGUGCACCCCUUUCUCUAGUGUAUCCUAAGUCUAUAUUAUGCCCGCUGUCUCUACCACUGCCUCGGUUUUCAGACCGUCCUCUAUAGGAUUGACGUCGUCCAUUCUCUCGGAAGUCCUCUCCGUCCACUCGCUAACUACAGUGCGAUCCUCUUCGCCGCCUUCAUUGUCUCCCGGUCCUUCCGUCACAGGUUGCCCCCAUCUCGAUGCAUCGAUUUCUAAGCCCUCAAAUGUACCAGCGUAUUAUGUCAGUAUUCAAGUAUCUGCAACACCUACUGCGUCCCCAAAGGCGAUUCAUGUUGCGAUUGCAAUCGGCAUAACUUGCGCCGUGAUUUUCGUUGGCAUCUGUGUAUGGAUGUAUAUUGUGCAUGUACGUGUGAGAAGGUUGAGAUAUCACUCACCGCAUGGCGACAUCGAUCCAUUUCUUGACCACACAGCGAAUCAUUGCCCCAAACCAAGUUCCAUCGAGACAGCCCCUCUCUCGUCUACGUUCACGAUAGACGGAGUGGCAUUAGACGGCCUUAGCUCAUUCUCAGCCCCGUCUGAGCAUUUCGCUCAGCAAUGUUGUUUAUCACAACCAACAUUGCCAAACAUAGCUUCUUCUGCUUGCAAUAUCAAUACCCCACCACCAGCGUACUGCGGCUGAUAGCUGCAUUCUCAACAGAGCGUCUUGCAGACGCUUUGCACGGCGACAAUCUUAGGACGGGGCAGGAUACCAAU